AACAACUCAAUAUCAAUUCAACACAAAAGCUUGAUUCAGUCAGAUUCAGCUGAUCUCGUCGUGUGCUGUGACACCAAGACUGCACUUCCAACCAAAUCGAAAUUUCAUGAGAUGAAGUUGUUUGUGGUAUCUUUGAUUCUUCUAGGGGCAUUGUUCUUCGCCUCCGCCAAAGCGAAAGUUCAGUGUGGAAAAAAGGUCAUAGGAAACGAAAGAAUUGUUGAUGGAGAGGUAGCUGAGCCAGGAGCGUGGCCAUGGCAAGUAGCGAUAGGAAUAAACAGACGCUCUGGAAGAAACCAAUUUUGUGGUGGUAGCAUCAUCGCACCUAAUUGGAUUGUCACCGCUUCCCAUUGUUUUCAACCGGAUCCAAAAGCCUGGCGAUACAUUGUCAGAGUUGGUAAGCACCAUCUCGGGAGACAAGAAAGUGACGAGCAAGCUAUGGAGGUCGAAAAGAUCUUCCUGCAUCCAAACUACAACGAAAAAAAAAACCACAAAUAUGACUAUGACAUUGCACUGAUGAAACUGAAAAAGAGUAUCACAUACAGUGACAAGGUCCAACCUGUUUGCCUUCCAACACAAAGUUACCCUCCUGGCACUAAUUGUUAUGUUACUGGUUGGGGAGAUCUUACCGACGGUGGGCGAUCUCCAUGGAGACUUCGACAGGUGCAGGUUCCCCUGGUUUCCACAAGGGAAUGUAGUCGGUACAACAGUGGCCUUACAUCACGCAUGCUCUGUGCUGGCUUUAGAAGUGGGGGUAAAGACUCAUGUCAGGGUGAUAGUGGUGGUCCACUGGUCUGUAAGAACCGAUCUGGUUUCUGGGAUCUCGCUGGCGUUGUGAGCUUUGGAAGAGGGUGCGCGCUCCCUCGAACAUAUGGCGUUUAUGCGAAUGUAGUGGACCUUAAAGACUGGGUCGAGAGCACUAUGAAAAGUAACUGAUACAGAAUCUCCGAAUAAAUGAAUAAACUCAAACGUGUUGUUUACUCGCUUUUAUUAUGCCGGCACUUAUUAUUUUCAAUGUAGGGAUAUUUUUCGGUCUAAUGGUAAUAGUGUUGGAGAUACUGGCGGGAAUUAGUGAUUAUUGUACAAUGAUCGAACGUAGACGAGGAGAA